UCCGUAGCCAUUUUGGCUCAAGCCGCACAGGCCACAGGCCGAGCCCCGGCCGCGCCCCGCGAGUGCCACCCCGCCCAGCCGUGUGCCACAUUAGGCUUUUGCCGUAAGCGCAGGAUUUCAUGGUGCUGCUGCGCGGGUGCGCACUCAGCACUGCGCUGGCCCCUUAGAUACCGUUGGCAUAAUGCAGUCGGGGGUGGAUUUCCAGGCUGCAUCACAAGAGGAGUUGGAAAACCUACAGGCCUCUCCUUCACCAGAAGACAUGGUGCCGCAGAACAAAUCGUCUCGUGCCCGCUUCGCUGCAAUAUGCUCUUGCACCUCGUGUUGCUUUCUGUUUCUUCCCUUGGGCAUCUUCAUAAUAUUCCCUCUUAGCAGUUCUCCUGGGUAUCUUCUUGGCGGAGGCGAUUCAGAUGAUACUGGGGAAGACCAUCCAUAUGUAACCAUCGACGCAUGGAAUCGCAUUGAAGUUGAACCGCACAUCAUGACGCGGGGCUUUCCGUACGAGCAGCUGUACGUCAUCAAAGAUUGGGGCAGUGCCAAAUAUUGGAAGUCAAAUGGCACUCAUGUCUACGUUCCAUAUGACAACGGAACAAAUCCCAUCCAGGCCAAGUAUAUCGUAUACAGGCAUGCCGAGGGAGAAUUCGAGAUAGGUAUUCUUUAGGCUUACGCCACAUCCGCCGACCCCUUGAGUUACCCGAGGAGUCGAUGCGCGUCAAUGUGGGCCGUUGUGGAUGCUGCUGGUGGUGUCGAAGCCUUUUUCGUGAUGUGUUCUGGAGGCGAGAUUUGGCUAAUUGGGGUCUUCUUGCAAAUCCCUCGUCGUUCUGGUUGGACGGCGCGAAUACGGUGCUUACAGAUCAUGUUGUGCGAGCUGCGCGGUGCAGCGCUCGUCCCAGUGAGCGUGGCAUGCUCUAUCAGCGUACUUUGACCCCGGGGGGGAAAGCUUGCUUCGGGCGGACCUCUGGACGAAUGCUUGGCGCCGUGGAGGCGCCAAGAAACGAAAUAGCUUCCCAGGGAGGUCUCCAAAAUGUCAGCACUCUUCAACC